AUGGCAGGUAUGCAUUUUUUUAUUUUAUUUUUUGAUUAUUUUAUCGGUGUCUUACUUUUUCUCAGAAAGAUGGCUUCUGUUGUGUUUAAAAUUUUCCCACAAAGUAUAUAAUAGCUAUCAUAGAGUGGAAGGAAUAACUGGAUUUUGAAGAUUUAGGGAUAAAUUCGAUUUUCGUGGAAAUUACUUUGUACACGGCAUAAGUUUCAUAAACUAGAUAUUAUAUUAAAUAUGUUCCAACAGCUGACCAGUUGGAAAAAAAAAUUUUGAUCGAGUUUUAUCGCAGUGAUAUAUAUUCAAUAAGAAUGGUAGUCAUAGUAUUACACUGGUAUCAGCAGUUGAAUUAGGUUAUUUUUUUGAAUGCUAUUAUUUUUCGAAUAUAAAAAAAUAUUCUUAAAGACCUUUUCACGGAAGUGUUUUUCGAAACUUCUUAAUAAUUGUUUUUAUUUUUAAUAAUCUUUUUAAUAAGUUUUUACCAAUAUAAAGAGCAUUAUUCAUUUUUCUCUUAAUUGUUUCUCUGUUUUUUUUUUUCUGAAAAAAAGUUAUGCCGCGUUCAGAGCUAAUUUGACGAUCGCAGCGAAAAAGUUUUUUUCUGGUUCAAAAGCACGAGCCGAAACGCAGCAGAUUCUCAAGACGUGAUUGGUUGGCCCCGCUCAGCUUGCAAGAAAAAAAUAUUUUGAAAAUAAAUUUGUUGGAUAUUUGUCAAAAAGGCGGAGCCAACCAAUCACCUCGUGGGAACCUGCUGCGUUUCGACUCGUGCUUUGAACCAGAAAAAAACUUUUCGAUACGCGCGUCAAAUUAGCUUUGAACGCGGCGUUAAUCAAGGUUCUAUUUUUAUUUACAAAAAGGCAGUCAGGAAAUGGAAAAAAGAUUUUUUUGUAGAGUCAAAAAGUAAUUUUGAAAUUUGCGGAAAUUACUUUGAAAAACUUUACGAAAGAUUUCAUAGCAUUCUUAUCGGAAACUCCGUGAAAGGAAAGUUAUCCCCGACUUUCCGAAAUUCAGUUGUUUUUUUCCUCUCUGAUGCUGCGAUUCGGCUCAUACCUUUGAACCAGAAACACUUUUUUUGCUACGCGCGUCAAAUUAUCGUUGACCGCAGCAUAAGAAUUUUCUGAUGCGAUUUUAUGUUUCUGAUGUUCACUGGAUUGAUAUCGCCAAAUUAUGCUGAAAAAUAAUUGAAUAAUUUUGAAUAUGAAUUAGGUAAAACGGAAAAGUUCCUUUGAGAAUCCUCAAAGGGUCCUGAAGGGAGGUAAAAAGCUCUUAAAAUGAUGUAGAAAAAGCUUUUUGAGCUAAAAAAAAAUAAAAAAAACUAUAUGAAAAAGAUCUGCUGGGGACCCUUUCAAGAUCUGUUGUUUGAGAAAAGCUUUUCAGUUUUUCGCGAUAUCAGCUUUUUUCGCUCAAAUUGAUUGAGAUCUCAUUGAAUAAGGGAAUUCCGUUCGGAUCAUUUUCUCAUGAAAUAUUAUCUUUCUUUCUGAUUUGAGACGUAGAAUAUAUUUUUUUGCCAUGGUGUCAUACCACAGUAUAUUAAAACAGUGUCAAUUUGAUAUUUGCAGGUAUGGAGGCCUUUUACUGCUCUUGCAUACUAUCCUGUGACACCUCAAUCCGGUUUCCAUUGGAUCAUGAUGAUAUACUUCCUCUAUAGUUACUCUAAAAGUCUGGAGCGCGAAACUUAUGCCGGUAGACCUGCUGAUUAUCUCUACAUGCUGAUUAUCUGCUGGCUGGUAUCAUUGGUGAUUUUUUUUUUCUUUUACCGUUUUGAAAUAUUUGAUUUCAGCCGAUUUGUUGUGCUGUGGGAGUGCCUUUCCUACUUGAACCCAUGGUCAUGACCGUACUGUACAUUUGGUGCCAGAUAAAUCGCGAUACAAUCGUUUCUUUCUGGUUUGGAAUGCGAUUCAAGGUCAGUUGUUCGUUAAAAUUAUGUUUCAUUUUUUUUUAAUAUUCAGGCACUUUACUUUCCUUGGAUUUUGUGCGCCUUCAAUGCUGUUAUCAGAGGCGGUGGAUAUAUGGAACUUGUGGGCAUUUUUGUAGGCCACGUUUACUACUUUCUUGUUUACCAAUUCCCCUUGGAACAUCAUGGUCCAGUGCUUAUCAGAACUCCUCAGUUUUUGUACAACCUUCUACCUAACGAAGAAGGUGGUAUCCACACUAUAAACGGAUCUCGCCAAGAAACCAGACAAGCUGCUAGAAGGCGUGAUUGGGGAGCUGGUGUUGCUCUUGGAGGCAAUUGAAACGUCUAAAAAAAAAACGUGUCAUUUCAACCAUUACUUGCCAAUAAUUUCACAUAAUUUAUUAUUGUGUAAAAAUUGCUUUUUUUUUCUCCUUAUUCGUUUGGUGUACAGUUGAAUGUGAAAAGGGUUUUUUCAUGUACGCUUGGGUAGAUUUUUUAUUCUUGUAAAUAAAUUUUAUUCCGUGUCUUCUUAAUUGUUAUUUUUUUUUCGAAAUUGAGGUUAUUAGCCUCGAAUAUACUCCAACCUGCUCAAAAAUUUCGUUGUUUUUUUAAAAUCUAGUUUCUUCCUAGAAAAAUUUGCAUUCAGGUAACUAUGCAGAACGAUUCUGGAAAGAACGUUGAGCUCUACGUUCCCCGUAAAUGGUAAAAAAUGACCAUCAAAUUUUUGAAUGUCAGUUAUUUUAAGCUCGUCCUCCAACCGCCUCAUUGGCCCCAAGGACCACGCUUCGGUGCAAAUCGACUUCGUCGACGUUGACCAAGAAACCGGUCGCUUGGUUCGUUAAAAAAAAUUUCCUUGCAGUUUAUAUUCAAUUGUUUGUAGAUUCCUGGAAAGGCUACUCGUUACGCUAUUUGCGGUGCUCUGCGUAGAAUGGGAGAAUCCGACGACGCUAUCUUGAGACUGGCUCAGAAAGACGGUAUUAUCCCUAAAGACGAUGUCAAGCCUAAGGAGAACUAA